AUGACUUCUCAACCAGGGAGACUGUCUUUAUUGCGAAAUAUUCAAGACGCGCAUAAAAAAGACAUAAAAACUUAUGUAAGUGGUCACCUCAAUCUGAACAAAUUGAACAAAUUUCAAGAAAAAUCCAGUCGUGAGACAUGGCCUACUUCGCUAGGUGCACCAGUAAGGUAUGUAUAAAGUCACUUAAUGCAUAUGCCAUCGAUACAGUUGUGAUAUAACAGUCGUGAUAUAUAUAUAUAUAUAUAUAUUAAACAAUACUGUUAGUUACAUUCUUGUUAUAUCAUAAGUUCAUGACUGAUGUCUUUAUCGGACUUGUUAGAACAACCUUGUAACAAGUCUGAUGCCAUCAAGCUUGUUACAAGUUGUUAACAGCUUGUUCCAAACUUGUUCCAACAACUGGGAACAAGCAGUGCGAACACAACUUGUCGACAGCUUGUGAACAGAUUUGUAACAAUUUGUUUGCAGACAUAAAACAAUAAAAGUUAUUCUGAAUAAGCAGUGCAUAAUAUUAACACACAAUUUAUUAAAACUAUAUUUCGAAUCUAAAUCAGAUUAAUCUUCAGGAGUGUUUUGCAAGAUAGACCUGUAACAACUUUCCACAUGUUCAGCCAGAGUUCGAUCCACUUGAAUAGACAAGUUCUAGAUAGCAGCACUGAUGAAUUUUGUCCUAAUUUGUAGAACCAUAAACUUUUGCUAGACUGUUAAAUGUGUGCUGUUCCUUUCAAACUUUUCCUCUCCAAUAAAGGAAUGAGCCUAGGAUGGCAAAAUUGCACGCAGAAGAUCUUCGGUGUGCAUGGCAAAUUUAGCAGUCUUUGGUUGUUUGAAUUUGUCAAAAUCAUUCCAUUUCACACGUACCUUAGAGAACAUAAUAAAAAUACCACUUUUCAUUCAUUUAAGGAUGAAACCUUCGAGUCAGCCUGUACAUCUGCCAGUCAGGAGAGGACAGUUAACACGAGAGCAACAAAAACAUAAAGAUAUGCAAGACACUGUAAAAGAGUUUAGCUUUGGUGCCUUAGGUACUGUAUGUUUCACUUUGCUUGUUGUAUUGACUGCCCAGUCAAUACAACAGUGUCUGGUGUGCAAAUAAUUUAUAUAUUUGUGCCAAAAUCAAGCUCGUUAAUAAUAAGGCGUAAAAAAAAACAGUGGUUCCGGUUUCAUAUCGUGAAAAAAUUAGGGUCAGUAGGUCGGAAAUAAUGUUUUUUUUAAUAUUUUUUCAUGGUUUUUUCAAUAAUUAGUGUGACAACAGACACCACCCGGAGAAAAUAGGGUCGCAUGGUCAAUCGCAUUGAAAAAUAAUAGGAUCGGCAGAAAAAAUAGGGUCGGUCGGGAACCGGAACCACACGUAUUUUUUUUUACGUCUAAUGUUCUGUAUCUAGAGCUUAAGCAAGCUACGUUUUUGACAAGACAGACACCUACUGGAAGUCAAUCGAGCUGUUAUUGAUGGCAACAGUUGUUCUUGUUUGAAAUCACAAAUGUGAAACAACACCAUCAUUCAUCACCAGCCGUUGCCAUCACUUGCCAUUGCCCUCACCAUCACGUGCCAUCUGUAAUGGCUCGAUUGACUGUUGGUUCAGAUAUCCAUGUUGUGAAAAGCAUCACUUGCUUAUUAUCUCUGUAAUAUACUAUUAUGUAGGUCGUUAUAGCGCUCAUUCAACGAGCAAUGAUACAAUGCAAGAUUCAGCUGGUAUCAGUCAGUCUCUGUCAUCUGCUUCCCAAUUGGUUAGAGAGAGAACUGAAACUGAGCUGGAGAAGCCUUGUCUUGUUGAAGAACUGAAACUACCUGAUAUAAUGUUUUAUGCUAGUGACAAUGCUGGUAAGCCACCUUGUUUGAAUAACAGAACAACUAACCAACCAAGACUCACUGACUGACUCAAGUUUAAUCAUACACGAUGAUGCCAGAAAAAAAAUUAAAUAUGGCUUCUUCACUAAGCAGAUUACUAUUGCAGUUGGCUAUGAGUUAGCUAAUGACCUGUGAGUCUGCUUGGCACUCUCUAUAUCCGACAUCCAUAGGCGUACCGGGCAGGGGGGCGGGGGGGGCGGCAGCCCCCCCAGUUUUUUGAGCAGUCGGGCAAUAUUCGAUCAACAGUCGGGCAAUUUUGGCUUGCAAUAAAAAAAAAUGUGACAAAUUCUGUAAAUUUUGUCUAAAAUUAAGUCAAUUUUUGGCAAAUUUAGUGAUUUUUCGAAAAUUUUGUGUAUGUUCCGAAAAAUAUUGGUUGUCCGGAAAAUUUUUUUGACCCCUAAAAUGGUACGCUGACCGAAAUUUUUUUGGCGACGGGGGGGGGAGGUCGCAAAAAUUUUUGGUACUAGUCGGGCAAAAUCCCGAAAAGUCGGGCAAUUUUCUUUCCGCCCCCCUAAUUUUUUCCUUCCGGUACGCCCAUGCCGACAUCCUGAGGACACAUGUCGUACCCAGACUGUGCGCGGUUCCUAUGAUAUUAACCUUGGUUACUAACUUACAGUAACCUCAUGCAAUGAUGCAAAUCAGUUAAUAAAUCAACUGAUUUGCAUCACUAACAAUGAGUGUUUCAUAUUACAUCACAAAGCUUUUCGCGCGGAUAAUAUUUCGCGCAGUACUAAAAUUUGCGCACCCAGCUCUGCGCGAAUUCUAGUACUGCGCGAAUUCUAGUACUGUGCGAAUUCUAGUACUGCGCGAAUUUAAUACAAGUAAGGUAUCUAUACAGUAUCAAUGAAGCAAACCAAUGGUUAUUCUACCCCAGGAUCACAAAAAGUCUCUUCAAGAAAGAACAAAGAACAGAAAACUCCCACCUGCAACAGAAAACGUGAUUUCAUCAAAAGUCAUCUUGGUCAUGUGACAAAAGGCGACCAAUACGAAGCGAUGAAAAAUUUCGAAAGUAACGUCAUGAAUCUGCCUGACGCGAGCGAUAAAGGACUGCUGACAGGCGACCGCGUUGUUCGAAAGCUCAGGAGACGCUUGAAAAAGGUGCGUGAUAGACCAAUCCAUGUGCCCAUGUCUUAUUAGCAUGCAGUGCGCACUUUUACUCAGGGUAGAGUAAAGUUAACUUGACGGUCUUUUUUUUUUUUAUUAUUAUUAUUAAAUUGAAACCACAUUGCAGCCAGAAGCUGAAUUGUCUGGCAAUGUCUCUCUACGAUUAUCUCCUUGUUAAAGCAUUAACGAAAAUAUUGCUUCCAAAUGCGCUUUACGUUAUACUCGUUAAAUGAUCGCCAAUCCCCUUUAACCAGUGGCGUAACGCUCAUUGGUUAGGUAUUAUUUAGGUUGGAGUCUGGGACUGCACGCAGGCUAAUAAGUUCAUUGGCGAAGUAAUUUUCAAGAAAUACGUAUAGGUUAUUUUGAGGCAACAAGGGGAUAUGUGAUUUAUUCACCGAGGCGCGCAGCGCCGAGGUGAAUAAACACAUAUCCCCGAGAUGCCUCAAAAUGACAUACUUAGUUUCACAUUGCGAGGUCGCGUUAAAGAGUCAGAAUAGAAAUAAUUCUUAAUGCCAUAUUGCCUUCGUUAUGUUGUUUUUUUUUUCUCAUUUCUUGUGCUGCAAAGACAUUGCAGGUGAAUAUUAGAGGGGAUUAUUAAUUGCAGGGGAAUAUUAGAGGGGAUUAUUAAACGGAAAUUGAUUAGAGGUGAAUAUUGAAUAUAUUCCCCGAUAAGAACAAAGCACCGAGCAGGGUGAAAAAUAAGUUGUGUAGUCGAGAAAAUCAAAGUUAAAGUUAGUAUGUAAAUCGAGGGAAAUAUAUAUCACAUACAAAGAUACGACACGCUAAUGAUUUUUAUAAUGAGUUUUUGAAGAUUACUUCAAAAACUGCUAAGGGCCCAUGACAGUUAGGGACCGCGCCAGCCACAGCCUAUCGCCCAAAGAAUUAGAAAACGUAAAAAAUGUAGGUGAAGAAUCAAUGGGAAAAUGCAAAAUUAAUAAGGUAGCUGAUUUUUUUAUUCCAUCUCAAAUAAAACAAAAGUUUAAUUGUGUAAACGUUCUCUGGUUAAAAAAGAUUUAUUUAUUAACAAGCUUUCGACUGCCAGUCUGCAGUCUUCGACGGGUAUUAUUAUAAAUCUACCCGUCGAAGACUGCAGACUGGCAGUCGAAAGCUUGUUAAUAAAUAAAUCUUUUUUAACCAGAGAACGUUUACACAAUUAAUUAUGAAUCCUGGUUUCGCUUCCAACAUUUUUAAAAAAAACAAAAGUUAUUCUUAAAAGUUGUUACAUGUGUUGGAGACUGUUAUUGUUAUUAUAGACACAGAAUUUUCCAGAACAUUCUAUAAAUAUUCAAUAUAAAUAUAAUAUCUCAGUCAAACAAUGACAACAGUCAACAGCCCCCCCCCCCACACACCAAAUAUGCCCAAGGGCCCCCUCUUCCUUCGUUAAGUUGCAGAGCGCUUGCGCUCAAUGGGUAACUUAGCACAUGCGCUUGCAAAACCCAUUCAGUGCGUACCUAAUUAGACAACAUUGAAUUAUUAUCUAGAAGUUACGAGUGUUAAGUGAAUCGUCCAAACGUGGUCCAAAUUUCCAUCGUUUACAAGCUCAUAGCGAUUGUUUUAGUGAAGUGAUAGAACAAUCAACGACUUUUUCGCGUUUGUUAAAACUCAUCAAAGUAAGUACGACCUUCAAACAUUUGCGCUUCAUAAUUGCAAUUACUGUACUAGUACAUCAACACAUGAGUGGCCGGCUUAAUUGCAUUGGUCAGGCGUUGGUCAAGCACUUUUACCUUCACGCGCCCUGAAGGAAUUGCUUCACGCGAACAUACUCACCUUGUGGAAAACGGUUUUUAAAUCAGGGCUACUUGAAAACUCUCAGUUUCUUUUCAAUUUAGGACGAAUACGACAGCUAUCUGGCGUAUAUCUUAGAACAAAACAGAGUAACGCGACACCGCAGAGCGCUCUAUUCUCAGAUACCUUCCAUCAGUAAAGCCAAGUCAGUCGCAGAGGCUGUGCGAUUACAACAGAUCAGACUUGAAAAUCUCGAAAAUGAAGUUAGGUUGCUGUUGAAUGAGAAUGAUAGGUAAGGUUAUAGCACUCUGGUUUUAUGGCACAGGACCAAACACGGUAGAGUAGGACCCAUUUGGCCCGCUUUCCCUAAUACCACCUGAUACGCAUGACGGAUAAAAUCGUCUGGCGUUAGACAGAGCCAAAUAAUAAUUAAUAAAGUCGCCCCAUCCAUUGUUAAUAGUGAGAUCAGUGGUGAGAUCAAAUCAACGCAUGCGCAUCAGAAGUUCAGAACGACGCCAUGUGAGAUGUCGCCAUAUGUUUUUGAAUGCCGAACAAAUAGCUGACAAAUUUUUUUAAGGUAUGCGAAAAUCUGUGCAAUCUUUAUAUUUCUGAGUGUUUUCUUUGAGGAUUCAUUAAAGAAGUAAAUAAGCUCUGAUUUGCUGUAUUUCUGGCGGAGUAAAGCGAAGACGAAUGGUUUAAAAUUUUAAUAAAUUUAUUUCAUCGAGUGAACAAGGCCUAAUCUAUGGAUAUUUUCAGGAUUUGACAUCAAGGUAGUCUUUGAACAUUGAUUGAUUAUCUAAGGGAACUACAACCUUCAAUUCUGUGGCAAGUCGCUUUUAGAGUAUCAUAAUUACUCCUGAACUGUUCACGAAUACUGCUACAUUAAUAAAAACAAAAUUGUAUUAAACAAGGCAGCUUACGUUUGGUUCAUUUAUAUUCAAGUAAAAAUAUGUCUCAAUGUGAUGUCUGUUAUAAAACAUUUCAAUCUGCUUGCAACUUGGUCACGCAUUACAGAAUGCAUACUGAUGAGCGUCCAUUCACGUGCAACAUUUGCCAAAAAGGAUUUCGCCAAAGAGGGCAUUUGACGGACCAUAUUAAGUUGCAUGGUGACGAAAAAUCAUAUAAGUGUGAAAUUUGUGGACGAGCUUUCAAGCAGUCAUCUGGUUUGCGUAAUCACAGAUCACGAUUUCACAGAACCUAUGUACCAAAAAAGACUAAAAGCCGGUCGCGGACACCAAAACCUGACACAAUCAGAAGUGCGGGUGUAAAGGCUGUGAGAGCAUCGAGAGAGCGAACAGUUGACGUUGAUGUGGAAAAUUUACACAGGUGUGACAUUUGUGAUGAAACGUUUCUCACAGGGGCCAAAUUGGGCAAUCAUAUUGCUUGGCAUGCCAGGAGAAAACGAUACAAAUGCAUGGUCUGCAGACGUAUUUUCAAGCAUCUGUCGAUCUUCAAGAAGCAUCAGAAACUACACGAAAGAAAUCAGAAAAAAAGCAGUAACAAUCGAACACAACACACAAACAUGUCUGAUGUUCAAAUUCAAGACCCUGGGAGAAUCAAAGCCACAAGGGACAAGAUAGGUGGACCUUUUUGUGAGACAUGCCAAAAAAGCUUCAGUUGCAGGUUUUCGUUCAACCGGCAUAUAAAGGAAUACCAUGAGGGUUUGAAAAGAGCGAGGACUCUUACCAGAUACGACGUAAAAAACAAAAAGUUCCGAUGUAGUAUAUGCCAAAAGAUGUUCUCAACCAUUUAUUCCCUCAGAGUACAUCGUGAAAGAAUUCAUCCAUCAAAAACACACAAAUGCCAUAUCUGCAGCAAAACCUAUGGACUUAUAAAUGAUUUGAAAAAUCAUUACAAACAACAUAAUAAUCUACAUUUACCGUACAAAUGCGACAUUUGCGGGACGCCUUUUCAAUAUCAGUCACAACUGAAGGAACAUUAUAUGGUCCACGCAAGGCAAAAGCAAGAACAUUUGCAACUAAACGAGCAACUUCUGAGCAGUGGAAGUUCAGAAGGGCCACACGAAUGUGAUGUUUGUGGGAAGCAUUUUCGAUACCCAUCGCGCCUGAGAGAACAUCUGAUUAUUCAUCAGAACGAACCCAGUAUGCCAAAUUCAGAUUGGCCAUACCAGUGCACUGUUUGCCAGAAGGUGUUCCGAUAUCCAUCUCGAUUGCAAGGACAUUAUAAAACCCAUGCCAAUGAAAAACAAGAAGAUUCAGAGCCGCAGCAGGCACGACACCUGUGCACUAUUUGUGGAAAGGCUUUUCAGUUUGCAUCACAUCUGAGGAGACAUCAAACCACUCAUUAUAAACAACAAGAAGAACCUGCAAGCAAUAACACUUUGUCGAAAUACCCCCAUGAAUGUGACGCUUGUGGCAGGUUGUUUCAAUAUCCAUCGCAGCUCAGAGAGCAUUCUGUUGUUCACAGCGAGCAAGGAGAAACGUCGAACAGUAGACAAUCGAAGCGGCCUUACCGUAAGAACCAAAACCAAGUGGCUUACCAUCAGCCAAAACAAAACACUGCAGCUAUUACACCACAAUCUGAGUGUUACGAGUGUGACGUUUGUGGGAACACUUUUCAACAUAUGGCAUUUCUAGCAAGACAUUAUGUUGUCCAUGAAAGAGACUCUGGCAAGAAGCCAUAUUCGUGUGCUUACUGUGAACGAUCAUUUUGGCAGACAAACCACUUGAAGAGGCACUGUCAGGGACAACACAAUACAGACAACAUUUUCAAGUGCGAGGUCUGUUCGGUCGCUUUCAAGAAGAAAGUAGAGUUAAGAGAUCAUCUGUUAACUUGUCAUGGCGGCACACAAGCAAAGAAGGAUAGCAGUCAGAAUGAGAUUCCUGCCAAAAGAGGGUUGCAACGUGUGAAACGACACGUUGGUAGACCUCCAAAGAAGAGAAAGAAGCAUUUUGGUACUAACACACAUGCUACUCAAACUCUCAACACCGGUGGUUUGAAGUAUACAGAAAACAGCGCUGAUAAUUCAGGCAAGAAACAGUACACUUUGACUACCAAGAAAAAAGUUCCCACGUGCAACAUAUGCGGUGCCAAAUUCUCCAGCGCUAGUGGUCUAAGAAUGCAUCUUGAUAUACAUUUCGAUCGAAGACCGUAUUCCUGUCGUUUCUGUGAAAUGAAAUUUAGGCAGCUUGGUCACUUGUCUUCUCAUUGUAAAACCAUACAUCACGAGGAGUUCCCAUACCAGUGCGAGUUGUGCGACAUGCCUUUCAAAGGAACAGUUGCGUUUAAAACUCACCAGCAAAUUGCUCAUGGUUUAACUGAAAAUCCAAAUGAACUUGAUGGUUUUGAGAAGUCCGCUCAGCCUAGAUACAGCAACAUCGAUUUCGAACCGAAGAAAUACACAAGAAUUGUGCAUUCUGGGCAAACCGAAUAUGCUUGUGGUUUUUGCGAUGUAUCUGCGAGGACAUUCAAGUCUCUAUCCGGUUUGCGCAGACAUAUUACUAUAGUGCAUACUUCAAAUGUGAAUCAACCAAUCUCUGAUGAAAAUGCGAAUUACCCUCAAGGAAUGGUAACUAUGCAACGAGAAAUGGUAACUAUGCCACGUGAAGAAAGCCCAGUGACGCUGAACACUGCGGAAGAAAUUUAUAAGUGUAACGUGUGCUCAGUAAUCGUCCAUGGAUGGGACGCGUUAGAAGCGCACGAAAAAGCACAUUCGAGAAGGAGUGUGAACAGUCCAAGUUCGACCGCACCCGUAUUUGUCGCUUUUACCCCACCCACACCAAGUAUCGAACAGACCUUCGAAUGUACGUUCUGUGGAGCGGAGUUUGACGCGAUGUCACGUGAGGCGUUCGAUGAGCAUCAGUUGCAACACGAACUCGUGGCAGAGAAACCAAUGGGAAUAGGGUACAUCUGUGGUGAAUGCGACCAAGAAUUUGCCAUGCUCGCUGAUUUGGUAAAUCAUCAUGAACAAGCUCACUGAUUGUUGAAGAACAAGUGUUGCACAAGUAAAGGAAGAUCCAAAUAACAUUGCUAAGACUUGAAGUAUUUUAAGUAUGAAUUAAAUAAUCACGAGAAAAGAGAGUUUCCUAAACGCUCGACCUGGCAAUGCGAGAAGACUAUAAGAGUUUAGUUUCCUCCACUCUCGUCUCCUGUGGUUAAGCCAAUGAAGCAGAACUCGCUUUGACUCUGAUAAAAUUGAAGACGGAUAAAUGUUAACAUGAGUACACUGGUUGCAGCCAAAAGUCCAUUUGCUGCACAGCCUCGACUUCAUUUAUGAAUUUCCAUUUUAAUUUAUUAAGUCUCACCAAUCUCGUUCCCCGAGCCUGCGAUCCUUGGGAAGGAACGCGAGUCUCUGGGAUAAUCCGUUUCAAGCAGGAAUCUGAUUGGUCGUUGAAAUGGAAUGCGUAGUUCAAUCUUAGCCAGAAUUCCUGGCUUCCGGCAACGCAUUAUCCCAGAGCCUCGCGUUCCUUCCCGAGGAUCGCAGGCUCGGGGAACGAGAUUGAAGUCUCACACAAUAUUAGCCAUUUCUCAAAGUCUUGGGUCUAGUCGCGCAAAUCCCAUGUUGGAGGGACAAGAAAUAUGGCAGCACACAUUUAAAUUAAAAGUUUGAUGUAAAAAGGAGAUACUUCAUUUUCGGUUGUCUAAAAAGUUGAUAUUUCAUAGUAGAUACUUCUACUCUUUCACAUAUUUGACGCCUGUCACCAUCCAUAUAUUUUGUCCCUCCAAACGAUCCCAGAAUGCACUGUGAUCUCUUUUGGGAAAAGGCUAAUUGAAAGUAUCUGGAUAGCUGCGUAUUGCGUGAGAUUCAACUCCCUGAAAAUACAACUUCGGCUACUAACUCCAGACAAAGGGCCUUUGCUCAAAACUUCGAUGUGCUGCUUGUGAAAAGCGACUUUCAAAAGUUGUAACUGUAAAUUUUCCAUUAUACAAACAACUAUAAUACUAAAAAGUUGUAUUUCGUGGUGCGGAGACUCUCAAGCGUGGGAGAGGCAGUACCCCCAAAAUGGCGAUAAAAUGGGCCGUGAGAAAGGCUAAUUGGUCAAUAUUUUGGGGUUACAAAUACCAAACGUUGCAUGAGUAAACAUGUGUUAUAGUUAAUAGAAUUUUAAUUAAACACAACACAAUUAACAGAGACCCCGUGAAUUGUGUAUUCUCGGAGUUUUAUUGGUUUGUGUUUAAUUACUGUCGUUCCAAUUGAAGUGUUCCUCAAAUUUUGAUUCAAUACAUUAAUACCUCGGGCUGACCAAUUCAUACGAAUUCAAAUUUAUUUUUACUUCCUGUGCGUUUCCUAUUGGUCAAUCGGUUCUGAAACGAAAUCUAAUUGGCUCAUUUAAAAGUAACAGGAAGUUGAUUUUCUAUCAAAUGAAUUGGUCAACCCGAGGUAAUGUAUCGAAUCAAUAUUUGAGGAACACUUCAAUUGGAACGACAGUAAAAUACUCUAUGGUAGUUUUCAGUUAAGAGAAACGAGACUUAGUUCUGGUUAGAAAAGAAGGGAUAUUUACUGUACAUAUUUUUGCACUGCUCACAUUUAUAUAUUCUUCAUAACAGUUACAUUAUUUUAUUGGCAAUUAAUAUAUCUUGCAAAUUAUUAAAAACAAAAUUGAUCCAAAAACUUGCUUGACUAUUUAUCUCUUGCAAAUAACUUUAUAAUAAGACCCCUAUGCCUAUUGUCAUGAUCAUAUUUUCUUGCUAUAUGUGUAGAUUACGAGCGAAUACAGGGAAAGAGGUAGAACUAGAAAUUCCUAUUGCAGCUCCUUCUGUACAUUGCUCAGGUAAAUAAAUCUAUAAAAGCAUCGCUCCAUUACUUUGCUAGCAUAUUAGUUAGAGGACGUCUCUGCCUCUGGGCCAAGGAUUUAAUUCCUAUUAUGUGGUUUUGUCUGGUUAAAUUUCACCUCGGCGUGUGUGAGAAGAGUGCUUCUAGACUAGUUUGACUCUACCAAACUCUACUGGUUUUGGAAACCAGACAUCCAGCUACUCUGGUGUGAUACUGUAUUGCUGUAGAAACACUGGACCAAUAAAGGAGGAGACGUAAGAAGACCAGAAUGAAGAACAGGUACAUUCAGAGUUAGUACGGGUCCUUAAAAACGAUGAAAAUCCUCAAAUUUCAUUUUGAAAAAUUGAGUAUUUAAUUUUUUUUUAAUCUGCAUAUAGUUCACGAAAAGUCCAAUAAUUAAUGAAAGUCGUACAGUAAUUAAUGUGAGUGACUUACAUGAAGUCUUUUUUAACCUGCAGAACACAGUGGUUUACAAACUCGUGUCCAUGUUGAAGCUGUGGCGAAAGAUCUACAGGAACAGGUCGAGGACCUUCAUUCUGAGAUCGCGCAUGAAUUGGAGACCCUGGAUGAAAUGAGAAAAUACCAGCGAGAGAAUUGCGUACCGUCUUCUGUCUGUCAACAUUUUGAACAGUGUAUCAAAGAAACUGAGGUAAUGAAUUAAGAUGUGCUGAAUUUGUACACGUUUAGUGCAUAUGACAGGAUUAUGCAGUGAUUGUUAACUCUGAAAAAAAAUUUCAUAUUUCGUUUUGUCGUUCAGGUUGACAUCCAAAAAAUGUUAAAACAAAAUGAAUUUUUGGAACAGAGUAUUGAGGUAUGUCAAGUAAAUGGCAAAUUUAAAUUAUAUUUUUGGUGAACAUGAAAAGUCGAAUCCAAUUUGAAUUGGUGUGUUUUCAAAUCAUAGAUAAUUUUUAACAAUUGUUUAGGAAUUGGAAGAAGAAUUAGCCAUGAUUUUGUCUCAACAUGGUGUGACUGAGAAAGAUUCCAAGUAAGAUUUCAAAUUUCACGAAAUUGGAGUUCUUUUCCGUGAAUUCUUGUAUGUAUUCUUGUCAUGCGGUUUCACAGCAAGUAUCAAGAAAACAACUUUCAAAUUCGUUCAAAUCAGUUUAAGGAUAAUAUAAACAAUAUUUUAAGAUUUUUUCCAUUUCGCGUUCGUUUAUAGGAGACUGUGGAAGAAAGUGAAUUUAUCAAAAGUUCUAGAAUACGGAAGAUCACAGAAACAGUAAAUAUAUGUUCCCAGAAUUUGUUGUACAUAUGUAAAUUAUAGAAUUGAAGUAUAUGUAUUAAAAGUUGAAAUAUC